ACCGAGGCGCCAGAGCCGAUGUGGAUGCUGCGGCCAUCGCACCUGUCCCGCGCCGCGAUCCACUGCUACUGUACGCGACCUUUCCAUCGACAAUAAAUAAACAUGCACUAGCGUCCCAGUGAAAUGAAUAAAAGUGAGAGUUCAGUGACGGUGACUUGUAUUCUUAGAGGCACCUGCGUCUACGCAUCUCAGGACUAACCCUAGGCAGGGCGAUGUUAAGUGUGGUCGUGGCGGCAUUCGCGUGCCUCUGCCUGGCGCGCGCUUCGCCGCCUGAAACGCACGGACUUCGUAACUACGUUCUCAACACUUAUACUUCUAAGGAUUUAGUGAAAAUAUUAGCAAGCAUCGACGAGCGAUUACACGUGUUAGAUACCAUAAGCGCAGUACAGGUGAAGCAGGCACGACGCCUAGACGUCAUACAGGAUAAGCUAGAUCGCAUGGAAACUACGCUGUCGCUGAGACUAGAAAGAGCACAGUUGGCGGCUGAAAGAUUAGAACAUAGAAUUCACAUGCUUCAAACAAGUGUGCAGGCCACAGUAAAGGAAAGCAGCGAUAAAAUAGAGAAAACACAAACAAAAAUUGAAGAGAUAGCACAAAAUUUGACUAAUCACAUCAACACACAUACACAUUUGCUGCAAAAGGUAAGUGGGGCUUACGCAGACACGUGGCGUCGAGGCCUUUUAUUGGAGUCAAUGGUGCGAGACGGAAUGUCGUUGGUGAACGUGACGCGGCGGGAACUCGCCAACGGACUGAGGGCACUGGCGAGGGGACAGCGAGAAGUGCGUCUCACAUCAGCAGACUUGGAAGCAACGUUUACUAAACGUCUUCGCGAAAAUUCCUACAAAGUUGAUAUGAAGAUGAAGGAAGUGUUGGAAACGCAGAAGCGUUUCGUCGAUUCCUGCCAACGAGUGCAACUCGACGAUCCGACUCACGUGGCGGAUGUGCUGGACAAAUUAAUCGAUUCGCUUAUAAACAAAACGGCAUCCACUUUUCGUGAGCUGCAAACUAUUCAAGUCACUUUGAAGAACCAUGAUAACAAAGUUAUGAAAUUACUAAGCAAUCGUCCAACACAGCAGACUGAUGUUUCGUGUAAACGUCUCGAAAAUGUGUUCCGUAAUUCAUCGCAAACUGCUUUCAACGAAAAAGAGCUGCAGCAGCUGACGGAAAAGUUCAUAGGAUUAACCAAUAGAGCCGACGCGGCGCUGCAACGUAUGGAAUCGCGACUGCGCGACGACUCGGAGGAGCCAGUGCCGGCCUCCGACGUGACCGCCGCCGCCGAUCAACUGCUACUCAAGCUCAAUGGAAUCAAAAGUGAAAUGAGCACAGAAGAUGAUGACUUAGAAGAUAGGGAAGAAGCCAGUUUCUUUUACAAUAUGAACGAUUUCAUGGAGGAAGACCAGGAAAUCUUGAGCAAUGCUUCAGACAGAACCAAACACACAACCACUGAGAGCACGCCCGUCAAACCACAUCGAAGACAUCUGCACAAACAUCCUUAUGACCGUGGUCCAUUGUAAAGAAUAAUAAAAUUAAAAUCAAUAAAUAU